CAACGGCUUCCGGAUACCACUUGUGCGUACAAACAUCCGAGGUAGUGCAGGUGAAUCUGAGUCCGGAUAUGUAGGUCAUGCGUAAUACAUCUAACAGUCGCUCAUGCGGAUGUUCCCUACAGCCCCAACGUUUGACAGGAGCUGCCUCAAUCAGCCCAGCCGCAGCCCGAUGUCGAUGGGUUCAUUGUUUCGUGUCAGGUGCUGCUAUUUCGGGAGGAUUACGUGCCACGCAGCAUGAUACCCUGAUGAUUUCUCACCCCGAGGAGCGUAAUGUACCAAUCACCAUGAAUGACCCGGAACAAGCCAGUGAGCGGGUUCCAACAUCCUCCGUUCUCCUCUUCAUGUGAUGCUCGUAGCGAAAGCCGAUAUCACUCCGCAAAGCAUCAUGCUGGGAGACCAGCCAAAGUUGCAAUUACCAUUGCUCUCUUGCAGGGCUUUAAGCUUUUCACGUCGCGGCAGCGGGUGGCA